AUGAAGACAUUGAGCGAAUUUGUUGAAUCAUCACUGGAAUCUGUUCGGCCAGGAUCGCGCCCGGUCGGAGGCCCUGAACUACCGGCAGCAGGAGAUAAAACCUCAAAGGAAUACCAAGGCCCAAAACCUGCAGACACCAAAGCAACUGGGGCGGCAGCUGCUGCACCUGUGGCUACGACUCCUGUGAAGGCACCUGCUCCAUCUGCGAGCGAGGAUGUCAAGGAAGAAGAAACAAAGGUCCUUGCUGCGCCCGAUGCGCUUUACAUGCAACAGAUCUUCUGGAUAUUCAUUGGAACUGCCAUUGGUGUGACGGUCAUUGUGAAUGGCCUCAACAAACUCCUCUAUCACCAGCGCAUAUCUGCGGCUCGGGAUAAUCCCACUGCAGCAAAACCAAAGUCUCUAUUUUUCCGGGUCCAUGCUACGAUUGCAGCGGUUAUCAGAGAAUAUGGCUACUACUCCUUGCCAGUAACCAUCCGGAAAACACAAAUUUACGUCGCACCUUUAGGCCCGUCAACAAUAUUGAUUGCGUAUCUGGUUCUGAUCAUCGUCUGUUGUUUAUACGGUUUCAAUACGGAAAAUAUCCGACAAUGGGAAGAUGUGGGAUACAGGGCAGGAUGCAUCGCCAUAGCACAGCUGCCUCUCAUCGUCGUCCUAGCUGCAAAGCGGAACUUCAUUGGCUAUUUCACUGGCCUUGGUUACGAACGACUGGCCUGGCUCCAUCGCUGGAUUGCUCGAGCCCUUCUUUUCACAGUCGUGAUCCAUGCGGGAUUCUUUCUAUGUGAAUGGGGAAAGUACGAUUACAUAAUGAUCAAGAUCAAAGCAGAUUCUAUAACGCAGAAAGGCAUAGCAGCUGCUGGUGUCUUGGUGUGGAUCAUCGUAUCGUCAGUUGCGCCCAUUCGUGGACUGUCCUACGAAGUAUUUGUCGUUCAACACAUCACAUCGUGGCUCGGACUUGUUGCAGCGACCUACAUGCAUGUUCCAGCGGAGAAUCGGAUAUGGCUUUGGGUGCCCCUUGCAUUCUGGGGGUUCGAUCGGCUGGUGCGCGCAGUCUAUCUCGUCUACAACAAUCUGGCUGUCUUUCACCCAAAUAGCUCGGGAUUUUUGGCCUGCAAAGCUACCUUCGAGCCUUUGGAUGACAGCCACACCCGGGUCACCAUCUCAAAUCCACCUGUCAAAUGGGAAGCAGGACAGCAUCUCUUCUUAGCUUACCAUGUCGUUGCCCCUCUAUCAUCACACCCGUUCACAAUAUCUAGCAUUCCAUCAGAUGGCAGAAUCGAAUUUGUAGUUCGAGCCAAGAAAGGAGCCACCAAGAGGUUCUUCAAAUAUGCAGAGAAAUCAUACCCGAGUGGACAAAACUCUACUAGAAACUCGGGAAGAUCAGUCUUCAUCGAUGGGCCGUAUUCUCGUAUCCGACCAUUGAGACAAUUUGAUAGCGUAGUCUUCAUUGCUGGAUCUACUGGAGCAACAUUCACAGUUCCUCUGAUGCGAGAUAUCGUUCAGCAAUGGAAAGGUUUGGGUCAAUCCCGCAAAACGCAUUUCGACCCUCCUCCCGGUGCUGUUACUAGGUACAUCCGUUUCGUCUGGGUAGUUAAGCAAAGCUCUGCCAUCAACUGGUUUGCAUCUGAACUCGACCGCUCAAUUCGUGAUGUGGAUAAUCUAAGACAAGACGGCUACUGCGUCGGUCUUGAUAUGAGCAUCUACGUCACAUGUGAUCAAGACAUGACGAGUGGGCUAGCAUCAUCCAGAGAUUCCUCUAGCUCCCUUGAGGUUGAUGAGAAACGCCUCAUUACUUCUGAAGUUCGCCGCUACCCAUCCGCAGAGUGUCCAUGCAGAAAGCUCGUCACGGACGAAAAUGCAAUUGUACCUGUCUGCGAAUGCGACCCAGCGCCCUUCAUACGACCUUCCAGUUCUCGCGCCAGCAGCUACUUUUCAGGGAGUAGCGUUGUGGAUAAUCGCAUUGCGAUUUUGAGUGGAAGACCAGAUGUCAGUGAGAUUAUUACGGGAACAGCGGAAUGUGCGUUGGGAGAGAUGGCUGUUGUGGUUUGUGGACCGCAAGGCCUGGUGCAGAGGACUAGGAAUACAGCGGCUGCUGUGAGUGAUGAAAGGGGUGUGCAUAAGGGGACUGGGGCACAGGGAAUUUAUGUCCACGCGGAAACUUUUGGGUAUGCUUGAUUACAGGUUGGGUGAUGGGUUAGGCAAUCCGGCUGGUUGGAGUUCAGGGUUGUGGGAAAGAGGGCCUGGGAUAGGCUCUGGCUCAUGAGAAUGAUUUAUGACAUCUGUACUGUACGUGCUUUAGGAAU